AUGGCCCCAGCCACUGCACAUCAUGGCCCCAGCCACUGCACAUCAUGGUCCCAGCCACUGCACAUCAUGGUCCCAGCCACUGCACAUCAUGGUCCCAGCCACUGCACAUCAUGGUCCCAGCCACUGCACAUCAUGGCCCCAGCCACUGCACAUCAUGGCCCCAGCCACUGCACAUCAUGGCCCCAGCCACUGCACAUCAUGGUCCCAGCCACUGCACAUCAUGGUCCCAGCCACUGCACAUCAUGGCCCCAGCCACUACACAUCACGGCCCCAGCCACUGCACAUCAUGGUCCCAGCCACUGCACAUCACGGCCCCAGCCACUGCACAUCAUGGCCCCAGUCACUGCACAUCAUGGCCCCAGCCACUGCACAUCAUGGCCCCAGCCACUGCACAUCCUGGCCCCAGUCACUGCACAUCCUGGCCCCAGUCACUGCCCAUCAUGGCCCCAGCCACUGCACAUCAUGGCCCCAGCCACUGCACAUCAUGGCCCCAGCCACUACACAUCAUGGCCCCAGCCACUACACAUCACGGCCCCAGCCACUGCACAUCAUGGCCCCAGCCACUGCACAUCACGGCCCCAGCCACUGCACAUCAUGGCCCCAGCCACUGCACAUCAUGGCCCCAGCCACUACACAUCACGGCCCCAGCCACUGCACAUCAUGGUCCCAGCCACUGCACAUCACGGCCCCAGCCACUGCACAUCAUGGCCCCAGUCACUGCACAUCAUGGCCCCAGUCACUGCACAUCAUGGCCCCAGCCACUGCACAUCAUGGCCCCAGCCACUGCACAUCCUGGCCCCAGUCACUGCACAUCCUGGCCCCAGUCACUGCCCAUCAUGGCCCCAGCCACUGCACAUCAUGGCCCCAGCCACUGCACAUCAUGGCCCCAGCCACUACACAUCAUGGCCCCAGUCACUACACAUCACGGCCCCAGCCACUGCACAUCAUGGCCCCAGCCACUGCACAUCAUGGCCCCAGCCACUGCACAUCAUGGCCCCAGCCACUACACAUCAUGGCCCCAGUCACUACACAUCACGGCCCCAGUCACUGCACAUCAUGGCCCCAGCCACUGCACAUCAUGGCCCCAGCCACUGCACAUCCUGGCCCCAGCCACUGCACAUCAUGGCCCCAGCCACUGCACAUCAUGGCCCCAGUCACUACACAUCACGGCCCCAGCCACUGCACAUCAUGGCCCCAGCCACUGCACAUCAUGGCCCCAGCCACUGCACAUCAUGGCCCCAGCCACUGCACAUCACGCAUGACCCUAACCACAGCAUAUCAUGGCCUACAGCAACUCGUAUACUAUUAAUCUUACAUUCAAAAUAUCUCACUAACACCCGCUUCAUGAAAGUUCGACGCAAGUUUUCUGUGUCUCCAGUCAUCAAAAUGGGGUACCACAAUCAUAGCAUUUUUCCUAAAGCUAGAACUGAAGGCAAGUACGGAGCACUAAGAACUCUAAGCGUCGUCUGCUGUUAA